UAUCGCUCAUCGCUUUCCCUUUCACGCGCCGUUCAGUCAGUAUCUUCAAAUUGGAUAGCCCUCGACGUAUCCGCUUGUCCACCCGAUCUGCACCAUCUUGCGUGUACCCUCUCCAUCGACCCGUCGUCGCGAAGUUUACCAUGCCUAAGAAGCAGCACGAGCAGGCGUUCCGCGACAUCAUCGAUACGGCUCGCAAAAGGAAGCAUACCGAGGCGUUGGCCCAGAAGAUUCUUGGCUCCGGUGGCCGCCGGACCAGCGCGCCAGGAUCCCUCGAGUCCCGCAUUGACAAGCCGACGCAUUCUCAAAGCAUAGGAGGCGCGGUCCAGUCGGGGAGAGUGGGAAAGAAAGCCAGACCAACCGCCAUCGCGUCGACCGCAGCGUCGAAGCCCACCGCGCGGCGAGCUCGCGUGCAGAACCUCUACGAAGAUGUUAUCACAGCCGAUAACAGUGCGCUGUCCAACAUCGCCAGUGUUCGGCGCACCUCGGACGCGAUCCAGGUGAAAGGCAUGGGAUCUCCGAACACGGUCAUUGCGAGCAACUUCGCGUAUGGUACAACCGCGGCGGACAUCGAGUCGGUCCUCCUUGCGCCAGAGAAUGGGAUUGAUGGACUGUUACGGUGCCGUCUCCUCAGUUCGUCACCGACAGUCAUCGCGGAGUUGACGUUCAGCGAGCGCUUCGCCGCCGAGAGAGUGAUUGGGCUGUUCAACAACAAAUCGGCCGAUAACCACAUCCUACACGUCUACUUCAAAAAUGAGCGCCAGCCCCCUGUCAAGGCCCCCGCAGCCAAACCCACUCCCACCCGAUCCGCCGCAAAGGUUCUGCGCGGUCCACCGACGGGACCGAGACGCGAUCGAGAGAGAGCCGAGGCCAUGGAACUCGACGACCGAACGCCACCGAAGGCUCCCCGGGCGCAGGUGGAGAAUCCUCGUCGCGCGCCGGCCGAGUUCCAGGAUGGUCGAUACGGGUUCGCGGAGGAGCCGGCGUACAAUGAGAGUGGUGGAGGCGCUCGUCGGGGACGCAAUUACGGGGGGGGUUCGUCGGGACUGCGGUCGGAUGUGGUCAUGUCCGACCGCGAUCAGGGCUAUCGCCGCUGAAUGAAUGCAGGCACCGACGGAGGAAUCCGCAUCGGCAUAUUCAUCAUGAAUGGGGGUCUGCGACGACCGACAAUCGCGAAUGAUGGUUCUUGACCAUUCACCGACAUAGGGAAAUAUGUGCUGGGGGUGCGCAUUCAGCGCUGGAUACCAAGUUCUGGCUUAUAUAAAUAGCACGGUUAUUCCCGACACACUGUAAUAUACAUAGUUGCCGUCCAAAAUGGGCAAGGUGUUCGGGUACUUGCAAAGAAUCCGAGACACAAUUCACUCUGUGGAUGAUGUAGCUAGCACCUUGGGCACUUUGACGUGCCAAAAGACAGCUCUAAAAAGCACUUAGGAUAAUAUAGAAGUUGAUAAUUACCUUAUCUAUUUAUUCGG